CUUUGACGGAAACGUCUGCGCGGGGCAUGAUAUCCGUUAGUAAGACCUGUUUCACUGUCUUUUAUCUCUCGGUCAUCAUCACACAUGGAGGGGCUGCAUAUUUUUCUGGUCGUUCUCUUAGGAGUUGUAUCCUGCAGUCAUGAUUCAAUUUCUGGAUCAGUGUUGGAGGCGACAGUCAGACCAGGAGACAACAUCACUCUCUACUGUGACUGUAAAUCAUCAAGUGGAGUAUACAUAGUGUGGUACAGGAACUGCUCUCAUGAGAACCAGCCUUCUCUUGUCCUUAAAGUAAAACGCCAAUCGACGGACAAUGACGCUCUUUUUAAUCUGAAGAUUCUCCCUCGUUUUCAAUUUGUGAGCAACUCUUCUUCUGAAUCCUAUGACCUGCUGAUCAUGAACAUCACUGAGUCUGAUGAGGGCCUCUACUACUGUGGAACUGAACAGCCAAGAGUGGAGAAUAAAGAAUUAAUUAUUCCCAGAAGUGUUUACAGCUAUGGCAACGUCACAACAAGGAUCCUAUUCGAAUCCAGUGAGACUCAUCUCAAUGAGACUCAACGGGACUGUGGUGUUUGUUGGAGUCUGCUGUACUCUCUGUGUCCAGCUUCUGCUGUUCUCUCCUCUCUCCUCUCCUCUCUUCUGGUUUAUCACCUCUGUCAGAAAAAAGCUAAAGAACCUCCAGCUGAUCAGCAAAGACCUCACACAAGACUGAAUCAGGAUGAAGAUGUGUGUUAUGCUGCACUGGAAAUCCGUCCGGCAUCACACAGACCAAAGAAGAAGAAAACCCAGAGUUCUGACUUCAGCACCUAUUCUGCCAUCAAUACUUCUAGGAUGUAGAGAGUCUACAACAAAAGACAUGACUAGAGACUAAGGAUGCUAAUUUUUUUUUUAACCGAUAACCAACCCUCGUUAACCGAUUAUUAACCAUUAACUGACAACAUUAGUACGUCACAUGCAGCGGUGCUAUUUUUAGCGCCUAACAAGCCGCCCAGCUGCAACGAAAAGCCGAUUCACAAAAAAAUUAAAUCCAUCAUUUAUCGCCAGCUGCAGUGUAUACGCAAAACACACAACCAGGGACUCAGUUGUCUGUUAUGCUAUCUAGUUAAGAAAUGAGUAACAUUUGUGGUGAAGAGCGCUAGCAUUAUUACCUACGUGUGUAACAUCGGUACCCAACAACGGCGAUAAGAGACAUCGUCAGAAGUCACGUGACUGCAAGGCAUCUACACCAGCGUUGCUGUUGUGACUGGUAAUAAAUUGUAUAAUGAUGAACGGUAUAAUCCAUUCAUAGGCACAAAUAUAGACCAUUCUGUCACUUUUCUUCCCCCUAUUUAAAGCUGAGCAACAAUCAUCAUUAUCUAUGACUGACAUGUAUGAAA